GCCAAGCCGAGCCAAUUGUCAGGUGCAAGAUUCGUAACAAUAGUCACGAGUUCCACUCAUGCUAUGACUGUAUGCGUCGGUCUUGUGAAGUCGAAACGACCCUCUGGACUUCACUCACGAAUCGAAAGUUGCAGAGAUCGAUUGGAAGAUCAAAGCCUGCUCCGAGCCCACCUUACAACACGACACGACACGACACGACACGACACGACACGACCCGACACGACACGACCGAAGUACGACUGGAUGAGAAAAGCUGACACGACAAUUACGAACAACUAUCGACUCACUCGACCGGAGGCCCUUGUGACGACCUUCAAAUCGUAAAAAGUCUUGCACGCAAGUCUCACAUCCACAAUGGCGCAUACGAACGGGGCUCUUUUCGCCUUUCCUCGCGCUCGCAUCCUUCAAUACGUACCCCAAGCGCCAUCAAAUGCGCGACGAUCAGGCUACUCGCCCUGUCCACGACCUUUUGACGGGCUGAUCAACCCUGGUGCGAAAGGCGUCGACCUCUCGCAGACGGCCAUUCUCAAAGAUGUCUCGGGAGCGCUGCAGAUCUGCGCAGUGCCUGAUCCGGCUCGAGGACCAGCUUGGGAAACUCUAUUGAUCCUUUUAGAUCCUGAGCUUGGAGCUGGACCUGGCUCGCAGGGACAACAGGAGAGGAUGAUAUUGCCUUGGAAGUUGAUCGAUAGAAGUAGCGAGAGGCAAGGUGAUAGAGAGCUUUUCGAGGGAUUGGGAGCUGGGACGCAUGGACGAGACGGAGGUAGUCUUUGGUUUCACCUCGAUCCGCUUAAUGUGGGCGGACAGGGAAUCAUCUGCGAGAUCUGGCUCAUAGGAGCACCAGCUCCGCUAGUAACUUCUCUUCGAACGCUGCUCAUCACUUACCCAUCAGCUCAACCUCCACUUCCACCCUGGCUCAAUCCGCAAAUCACCUGGCCGUGGAGGGACAAUUACUUGUCGAUCCAACCCAUGCGGCCUCCUCAAGAUCCGCUCUUCGCGUCCGCGCCUACGAUGGUUGAGUCUGCUGCGAAGCCUGAUGACAGCAGCGGCUUGACUCAGGCUGAGUUACUUGCGAACGCAGGUAGCAGCCCAAGGGUUCUGGCCAACAUCACCAGCGUCAACACGACCGUAGACACGACCAUCCGCCUUGGAGUCGCUGAUGCGCAGUUCCCAAUUGCUCAGAACUUGCAGACAAAGUCUACACCGACAAUUGGACGAAUCAGACCGGCUCUCCCACCUAAACCUGACAGCCUCAAGAGCCCUCCACUUUCACCGACGACGCCUUCCGUUCGAUCCGGUGUGUUGCGGAGCUUGGAUGCGAUGGAAGAUCCGAAUGCGAUGGCUGAUCGAUCGAACACCGAGACUGAUGAGCGACAGCUGAGCGAGGCGAGCUCCGAGAGCUCCGAGAGCCGGCAUGACGUACAGCAAACGGAGAGUAUCGACCUCAGUCCGUAUGAAUCUCCGUCGCUGGCUGAGCCUGUCGACGUGCCAAGUCCUGCCGUUUCUAGAUCGACCCAAUCACAGGCAGCAGACGACUCGAUCGAGCAGCUGACCGCCGUCGACCCGCCUCUCGAGAGUCGCAUGACCUUUCCGCACGAGGCUAAGUUCCAAGAAGCGAUCACCUCUGCUGAGGAUGCGAGACCCGCCUCGGUGCUCAAGAACCUACCAAGACGUCGGCCACGUCCUCCAGGCUCCGCAGGUGCCUCAGCAGCAACCGCAGAACAAGCCACUUUGCGAGCAGACUACAGAAACAGCCUGGUUGCUAUCGACAACGAGACGGGAACGGUCAUCGGGGUGCUGGCUAGGGAUGUGUAUCUUGGUCAAGAUGCCCCGCCCGACUGUCUUGCAGGAUCGGCAUUGCCACAGCAGGAAGCAAAAGCGAUCAGACCCGUCAGCAAGUAUGUGGAUGAAGGCAGGGUGCAAUCUCGACCGCCGAGCGUGCUGAGGGAGGAGACCUUUGCCCCACCGCCCGUGCCAACCAAAGAGGAUUGGAGCCAGUCAACUCGCGACUCGAUGGCGGACGCUCAAUUCUUCUCUGCUGUCGAGGGGGAGACUGAGAACGAGACCGAAACGGAAACGGAAACGCAGGCUGGAGCGCGAGGCACGUACGAGCACGUGAAACAUGGAGAAGUGACGAGGCCCGAUCUGCUCAGGGAUGCACAUCGGAUGCGUAGCGGGGAGCAAAAUGAAGAGGACUACGAAUCGGAUGCGAGUGGAAGCACGAUUGGGGGACCUGCGGUGAGAGUCUGGAGAAAGGCUAGAGGGUUGCCUCGUGCGGAAGGAAGGAGAAAGAGAAGGGAGGAAAGCGAAGCUAGCGAUAGGACUAGUAAAGCCGUCACGGCCAUCUCGGGAUACGAGGGUGAUGCGGACGUUGAGCUGCAUGAAGAAGCAGAGCAAGAUCUCGACGUGGCACUGGAAGCCCUGGAUGGAGACACAGAGCAAGGAGAGCCUACGCCUAUGCCCUCCAGAUUUAGCGAACCUACUAGGAGACCCUUAUCUAGGCUGGAUCCCCUGAGCGCCCCUUCUAUCUCCAAGUUAGACGCAGAAGAAGAAGCUGAAGAAUCCACUCAAGACGCUUCUGAGCAAGUCCACCUCAUAGCUCCAGAGUCGGGCACGGUCAAGCUGCAGCGCAAACAAUUGGCGCUUCAUGGACAUUUACCGCGCGCUUUGAUGAGGACGGAAAAAGUGUGGGAGGUGGAGGAUGAGGUGUGGAAAGAUGCGCUAGAGACGGGAAGCCUGCCUGUGCAGGGCCAUUACACUCAUCUAGCCGCGCAUGGCACUUCGGACGCGAGCGAAGAGCAGCAAGCGACACGCGAGGUGGCCGCAGCGAACAGUGCGGGAGCGAUGGAUGGUGUGCUGCAGGGAGGAACGGUAUUGAUUCAGUUCUUGGCAGGGAGCAAAGUGGGAGCUAGUCUAGUUCCGCACGUGCCCAGCGCUGGGCUAUCUGACGUCACGAACAUCCUACAACUACCGUCGGACGAAGAAGCUCCUUUGAGAAAGGGAGCGAUGGCUUACAUACCCGUGCUGCCCAAACAUUUCCUCUGGUGGUUGGGCAUCACGCCCGACGAUGCGUCGACCACACGGACCAAACCGAUCAACAAGCCGAACGCGCUCAGCGACGAAACGUCGCCGAGCGUGCAAGAGCUUAGUAGGACGCUUUACAAGACUGGCACGCUCGAUGAGGGCUUGGCCAAGACGCUACUGAGCGGCGUGACGGACGGAAUGUAUUCCGCAUGGGAAGGCGUUUCCAAAGGAGCUGGUUGGGUGCUCGGAAGCACGUUUGGCUGGUCUUCUUCCCCCUCCCACUCUUCUUCUUCUGCUUCGGCAGCGGACCGAAAUCCCCUCGGACCGAUUCGAAUAUUCGGCUCGACGGAACAAUCCAGCGAGAGCGAGCAAGAGCAGGAAGAAUUGGAUUUGAGAGCAGACGAAGAUGCGAAAGAGGAAGAGUACGAAUGGGCGGUGCCGGAUUUCGACCCGCUUUCGCUUGAGGGUACUCCUAGACCUAUAUACAGGAGAAAGAAAGCUAUGCCCAGCCCGUUUGGAGGGUUUGGCAUCAGAGAAUCGGACGAUUCUCAACAACAGCAGCCGAGAAGCAGCAAGGACAAGUUCACGGUACUUCAUUUCGACUCGAAUGGGUUUGGAAGGAGGACUAUCGUCGAUGCGCACGGUCUGCCUUCUUUCUGAGCCCACCGACAUGUUUUUGGCGGCAGGUUCUUUACUCGCGCUUUACGCCUUGCCCGCGCCCUGCUUCUCGUGCCAUAUUUUUAAUACGUGUGCCCGAACAUUCUACAUCGAUGUGCUUUCCUUCACAAGACUUUUCCUGCUCAUCUUGUUCAUGUUCGACGCUCCUUUCGAACGUCUUGUGUUUGCUCGUAUGUCCGGAUCGCAAUAUUAAUGGACACUCCAAGCUGUG